AUGCCGCCAUCCCCUCCCAACUCCCAGGCCGGCAGCCCUCCUCCCCACACGAACAACCUCCAGUCUCCUCCUCACUCGUCCACCUCGUCCCAUCGUCGCUCCCGCUCGCGCCCCUACGCCCGCUCCUCCAAGGGCCGCCUCUCCUCGCGCCGCUCCCAGUCCACAAACGUCGACCACCACCACGGCCACCACAAGAAGCCCGACCCCCCCAGGAUCGUCUUCGGCAACGACGCCAUCGCCAGCCUGCCCUCGGAGCUCAACAAGCUCUCCCUCUCCUUCCCGCUCAUCGUCUGCAGCCCGUCGCGCAUCCACCUCGCCGACCGCAUCCGCUCCCUGCUGCCCAACCUCGACGUCUGCUUCCUCACCCCGGACACGUACCCGGGGCCUUCCGUCCUGUCCGACCGCGACUCCGUCAUCAGCGUCGGCGGGCCCCGCGCCGUCGCCCUGGCCAGGCGCAUCAGCGUCAAGAUGAGGAUCCCCCACGUGUGCGUCCCGACGACGUAUAGCGGCGAGCCGGGCGAGCUGUUUCCCCCGUGGAAGAAGCAGCAGCAGCAGCAGCAGGACGACGGUCGCGGGAGGAGCAGCGGGUCGCAGAGGUCGGACGGGGAACAGGGCGAUGGGGGUGAACACGAUAAGAGCGAGCACGAAAGGAGCUUGCCGGCCGUCAUUCUGUACGACAGGAAGCUCACCGAGAGUCGUGUCCGGCGGUUCUCUGCCGAGGCCGGCGUCGCUCCGGACGGCGAGGCCGAGGCUGCCUUGAGAGUGGCUACUGGUAGCGCAGACGCAGACGUCGAUGCUGCGGUGUUGAAACCCGCAAAGGGCGGCGCUGGGCAAUGGAGCUUUAUCCAUCUGCCGGGAGUCUGAAGAAAAAAGGGUGCUCGGCGUUCUUUUCCUUCCUUUUACCCCAGUUCGCCAUAGCAAUGGCAUCUAUUUCGCCUGUUGAGAGGUUAACACAAUGGCCCUCAUACUGCCCUCAUUUCGAGAAGUCCGCACUCAAGCGGUUUAGCCUUGUCCGCCUGGCAGCUUGAUCGCGCCUUUGCGCAUUCACAAAGGUACUAGAUGCCGUGAAUAGAAGCGCCGCAUAGGUUCACACACUUGUCCAUCCGAUGGAAGGGCAUCAC